ACCGAAGAGUUGUGGUGGUGGCAGAAAUGGAUAGAACGCCCAUUUGAGGCUCUCUUUCGUCUUCCCAUUUCUACAAGAUAACGCUCCAUUUCUCCUCACUCCCUCAAAUCUAUCCAUUCCCUUCUUCCACAGUUUCUCUCUCGGAUUCCUCGCUCUUCAAUGGCGGCCAUUUCCUUAGCUUCCGCUUCCACUUCCACUUCCUCCAAGCUCGCUUUCCCGCAUCCCUCUCCUUCGCCCUUUUCCUCCAAACCCUCCUCUAUCACCAACCUUUCUUCCUCUUUCUUGAACCCUUCUUCUCUUCGCCCUCUUACCUUCACUUCUUCCUCUUCCGCCACUGUUAAACGCUCUCCUUCCUUCACUAUUCGCGCCGCUCGUGGCAAAUUCGAGAGGAAGAAACCCCAUGUCAAUAUCGGCACAAUUGGGCACGUCGACCAUGGUAAGACCACUCUCACCGCCGCUUUAACCAUGGCUUUGAGCAAAGCCCCAAAGAAAUAUGACGAAAUUGACGCCGCACCUGAAGAGCGAGCUCGGGGUAUUACGAUUAACACCGCCACCGUUGAGUACGAGACUGAGAGCCGACAUUACGCCCACGUUGAUUGCCCUGGCCAUGCUGAUUACGUCAAGAACAUGAUUACUGGUGCUGCUCAAAUGGAUGGCGCAAUUUUGGUUGUUUCGGGCGCUGAUGGCCCAAUGCCACAAACCAAGGAGCAUAUUUUGUUGGCUAAGCAAGUGGGUGUCCCCAAUAUGGUGGUGUUUCUCAACAAGAAGGAUCAAGUUGAUGACGAGGAGCUUCUGGAGCUUGUGGAAUUGGAGAUGCGUGAAUUGCUUUCGUCUUAUGAAUUUCCAGGUGAUGAUGUCCCAAUUGUUGCUGGUUCUGCUUUGUUAGCUCUGGAAGCUCUAAUGGCUAACCCCAAUAUUGUUAGAGGCGAAAACGAAUGGGUGGAUAAAAUUUUUGAACUUAUGGAUUCUGUUGAUAGCUAUAUUCCCAUACCCGAAAGACAAACAGAUCUUCCAUUUUUGCUUGCUGUUGAAGAUGUUUUCUCUAUUACUGGUCGUGGUACCGUGGCGACAGGGCGUGUCGAGAGGGGUACCGUUAGAGUCGGAGAGACGGUGGAUAUUGUGGGAUUGAGGGAAACUAGAAACACAACAGUAACAGGGGUGGAGAUGUUUCAGAAAAUUCUUGAUGAAGCUUUGGCUGGGGAUAAUGUAGGAUUGUUGCUUAGAGGUGUUCAAAAGGCUGAUAUCCAGAGAGGGAUGGUUUUGGCCAAGCCUGGCACCAUCACCCCACACACCAAGUUUGUUGCAGUUGUGUAUGUGUUGAAGAAGGAAGAGGGUGGUAGACAUUCACCCUUUUUCGCCGGUUACCGACCACAAUUUUACAUGAGGACGACCGAUGUCACCGGUAAGGUGACUUCGAUUAUGAACGACAAGGACGAGGAGUCCAAAAUGGUUAUGCCAGGAGACCGAGUGAAAAUGGUUGUCGAACUGAUAAUGCCAGUGGCUUGUGAACAAGGAAUGAGGUUUGCCAUCAGAGAAGGUGGAAAGACUGUUGGAGCUGGUGUGAUCCAAUCUAUAAUCGAGUGAGUGGUAAGGAGAAACAACUUAAAUUGUGGAAAAUCAACUGAAAUGUUCGUUACUCCUUUAAGUUAGGCUAAAUUUGAACCAACAUCAAUGAUUUCUUUUCUUCAUUUUCUGUAACUUUCUGGAUUUUCAAUGCCAUAUAUUUGUAGUUUUGUUAUUAUCUUGUUGGCUGGCGCAGACAUGUCCCGUGGCUGGACACUGUUUUUAUGAUGGUAUAAUUUGCGGAUACCUUUUUGUCCC